AUGGUGCUAGUAUCAUCACUACGACCGCCUCAGGAUUUACCUAGCUUGUGCACCAUUGUUGUUUCCACCUUGUGGGUUCAAUAUUAUCCUUCAUCAUCAUCAACCAAAGCGGUACAGCAGCAGCUAUGGGAUGAUGCACGCCGUUUGGAAUUUCACACCUAUUGCCAAUCGAUUCUUUCGUAUCUCAACAUCUCCCCUUCUGUCAUUUACACGAGUUUAAAAUACGUUCAGAACUACCUUUCGUCAUUACCGACAAGCAUUCGAACCACGCUGGCGUACGGCUCCGAAAGGGCCAUCUUUGUCAUUGCACUCCUCCUUGCAUAUAAAUUUGUUGAGGACUGUGGAUCGGUUGAUACAAACUAUUGGUCGCAGGCGUCCAUGAUCCCUAUUUCAGCAUUAAGAAAGAUGGAAAUUGAUUUUCUGUGUCAAGUGGAUCACAAGCUCCACGUGGACAAACCCGCGUUCGUCGGAUGGGUCACUCAGUGCAACGCAACUUUUGAGCAAUCCUUGUACCUUUGUACCAUGUCAUCCAACAACAGCAUUUACUCCUUCCAAUUACCGGACAAACUUUAUCAUCCACCUUGCUAUGAUACAACAACAACAUCACCACAUACGACGACAAUGAUGAUGAUGAUGCCUACCAUGAGUGAUUCGACAACGACGCUUUUACAUCCAGCAUCUACCACCUUUGUGUAUCCUCCUCCUCCUUCUUGCUACUAUUAUAGCUGGCACGAUCAUCAUCAUCAUCAUCAUCAUGACGGCUCAUGGCACAAUCCACCACAACACUUGUUGUACCCUGAUGAUCACAUUUCUUUUGCAUCGUCACCACCCGAUAGCUGCAACUUUAUGGGUUACGGAACCUAUCCCGAGAUGGGGCCUUACUUUGCAUUACCGCCCAUGCCAAUGCAGUAA